UUGCCGCAGUCGCGAUUCAGAAUGCGCGCGCGCACCACGUCGCCAUUUUGAAAAAUUCGCGCGUGAUAAGUGUUGCGGUGAAUUCAAAUUUGGAGAAAGGAUUUAAUUAUUAUACUUAAGUGUAACGAUGAGCUGCGGGCGGUUAUUCGCGGCGUUACGGCGCUGCAAACAGCUGGAGGGCGGCGACAACACCACGCAGCUGUCGCGCUGCCUGGGCCUGCUGGACCUCACGGCGCUGGGCGUGGGCAGCACGCUCGGUCUGGGCGUCUACGUGCUGGCCGGCGCCGUCGCCAAGACGGUGGCGGGCCCGGCGGUCACCAUCAGCUUUCUGAUUGCUGCCAUCGCGUCCGCUUUUGCUGGUAUCUGCUACGCGGAGUUCGCGUCUCGCGUGCCCAAAGCGGGCUCAGCGUACGUGUACAGCUACGUGAGCGUGGGCGAGUUCAUCGCCUUCACCAUCGGCUGGAACCUCAUCCUGGAGUACGUGAUCGGCACCGCCAGCGUCGCUAAGGGCAUGGCCAACUACAUCGACAGCCUGUGCAACAACACCAUGGCGAAGACUAUGACGGAGUGGGCACCGAUGAGGAUCGGCUUUAUGGCGGAUUAUCCGGACUUCUUCGCUUUCUUCCUGGUGCUGCUUAUCACUAUUCUCCUGGGUGUGGGUGUGAGCGAGUCCACCAAGCUGAACAACGUGUUCACGGCGCUCAACCUCGCCACCGUCGUCAUCGUACUCGUCACAGGAGCGCUUUGGAGCGACACCAAGAACUGGCGUCUUACCCCCGAAGACAUCCCCGCGGAGUACCGCGACGCGGCCGGCGCGGGCGGGUUCAUGCCGUGGGGCUUCGCCGGCGUCAUGGCGGGCGCCGCCAAGUGCUUCUUCGGCUUCGUGGGCUUCGACUGCGUGGCCACCACCGGCGAGGAGGCCAAGAACCCCAAGCGCGACAUUCCGCUCUCCAUCGUCAUGUCGCUCACCAUCAUCUUCCUGUCCUACUUCAGCGUGGCGACGGUGCUGACCAUGAUGUGGCCGUAUUAUCUACAGGACGAGGACGCGCCCUUUCCCUAUGUCUUCGAGCAAAUUGGCCUGCCAGUCAUCAAGUGGAUCGUCACAAUCGGCGCCGUGUUCGCGCUGUGCACGAGCCUGCUCGGCGCCAUGUUCCCUCUCCCACGCGUGCUGUACGCCAUGGGCUCUGACGGCGUGCUGUUCCGACCGUUCGCCGUCAUCAACCCACGGACCCAAACGCCGCUGCUGGCGACGGCGUUGAGCGGAUUGUUCUCUGCAACAAUGGCAGCGCUGUUCAACCUGAACCAGCUGAUCGACAUGAUGUCCAUCGGCACGCUGCUCGCGUACACCAUCGUCGCCACCAGCGUGCUCAUACUCAGAUACGAGGAGGAGAGUAGUGUGCAGCUGAGCAGCAAGGCGCUGCCGGAGUCGCCGUACAGCGUGGCGCGGCAGUCCUUCAACCUGCUCGGCCUGAAGGCGCCCACCGCGCUCUCCUACACCAUCGCCAAGUGGACCAUCGCUAUAUUCUUCGCGGUGGCUCUGGCGACAUGCGCGCUUCUGAACGGCGAGUCGUCGAAGGCGCUGGGCACGGUGGUGGGCGUGCUGGGCGGGGUGCUGCUGCUGCUGCUGCUCGUACUGUACCGCCAGCCGAGACAGGACGUCUCGCACCUCACCUUCAAGGUCCCCCUCGUGCCGUUGGUGCCGUACGUCAGCGUGUGCAUGAACGUGUACCUGAUGACGCAGCUCGACUACCAGACCUGGGUGCGCUUCAUCAUCUGGCUCGUCAUCGGCUACUUAAUAUACUUCUUCUACGGCAUACGGAACAGCUCGCUUCGGGAGAAGGAUAUCGUCAAAACCCCGAACGGCAUACACGACGAGAAGCACAUCGUCACUAAAUUCUAAUCACAAGAGGGAGGAGACGGUGACAGAUAGCGUGACAGCUGUCAGAAUGACAACACAAGUGGCGGGAAAAAGCUAAGUCCCAAAAAGGUAUUUUUGAUUUUGUAAUGGGAAUUUAUUUUGCUGUUUCACUUGACCAAUCAAAAAAGAACAAACUUACAUUUAUAUUGUCAUUGACAGGCUAUCAAAUUAAAAAUAUAAAAACAGUUGUGGCAUGCUGAUUCUCGCCAAAUGAGGGUAGUCCUGUGAUUGUUAUUGGUUAUUUAGAUUUUAUAUUUAGGUUAGGUAUAGUUCAUUCGCAUAGGGAAGCAUAGUGUGGUUUUAUUGACUUCUUUUCACUUAUCUUUUUUUUGAUUCUUAAAAUUAAGAGGACCAAGACCGCUGACCAAGACAGUUUGAUAUCAAGAAUAUGAAGUUAUGUUACUAAUCUCAAGGUUCUUAACUUUAAGGAGCGUUUAGUAUUGGCGAUGAGACACACUAUUCUCAUGCAAAUGAACUAGUUAUAUUGUUUCCAAGAAACAAUUUUACUGUAUUUUGACUUACUUAUAGCCUGGUCACCGAACACUUAGAAAUUCACAUUGGAACUCUUGCUACUCCUCUUUCGCCCGCAUUGUUUAUCUAUCUCGUUUCCACAAACAUGCCAUAGGAGCGCGAUAUCAAUGUUCGAAUUUCUACAUGUUCGGCGACCAGGCUAUUGUAAUUGCGUUUAAAUAAUUAUGACUCUGUGAUAGUAUGACUGUGGUGAUAUUAUUGUUAAAUGGUCCACUUAGGUCCACUUGUGCCAGUCGGGAUUAAAUUUAAUCAUGAAUUUAUCAUGUUAUCUCUCUUUUUCCUUGUAUUUAUGAAAGAGAAGGCAAUAUUAGCAAUAAUCCAGAAUGGCGUUAGUGACAUUGUUGUACAUAUUUUCUGUCGAUGUUUUAAUGGCUGGCAUCCAUGUGAAACUAGAUUUAAUAGUUCAAGCAUUCGCAUAUUUACCGGCGUCCGUCUAUGACCUAUAUAAUAGAGAAAGAAAGUGGUCCUAGUGUCAUUCUAAAAUAAACUGUUUUGCGACUAUACUUAAGGUGUAGAUUAGGUCACAUUUCAUUGUAAUUAUUCAUCAUGAACAAAACAUGAGUGAUUCUAUAGUUUUAUGCUCAGUUAUAUAGUAAUAAUUUUCCAAAAUGUUUAAACAAUACUUAAUUCAAAUAAUAAUUCGUAUUUAUAUGUGUUUAAUAAGUACUGGUUACUGCGAUAUAUUUUUGCAUUUAACAAAGUUAUAACGUUGUUUUCAUCA